UCGCAGGUGAAGCCGAAGCUAAGUACGGUCAGCGAGCUUGAGAAACUGUUUCUGCGGUCGCUGCAUUCCCGUGUUUGCCCUGGUGUUUUCGCAUGUCAUUUGAGACUAACUGAACAAUACUUCACUAGGAAUCACUAGACCUACUAGUUACUGCUGCUGAUUUGAAUUUCUUGAAAUGAGCAGUCGUAAGUCAAAGAGUAACAGUCUAAUACAUGCAGAAUGCCUUUCACAGGUACAAAGAUUUUUACGUGAAAGAUUUUGUCGUCAGAGUUCACAUAGUAACCUAUUUGGAGUACAAGUACAAUACAAACACUUAAUUGAGUUGCUAAAAAGAACUGCUAUCCAUGGAGAAAGUAACUCUGUACUCAUUAUUGGACCCCGAGGAUCAGGAAAGACCAUGUUAAUAAAUCAUGCUUUAAAGGAACUCAUGCAGAUAGAAGAAGUGAAUGAAAAUAUAUUACAAGUUCACCUAAAUGGACUGCUGCAGAUCAAUGAUAAAAUAGCUCUAAAGGAAAUCACAAGGCAGUUAAAUCUGGAAAAUGUGGUCGGAGAUAAAGUUUUUGGAAGCUUUGCUGAAAACCUUUCAUUUCUUCUGGAAGCUUUAAAAAAAGGAAACCGGACUAGCAGUUGCCCAGUGAUCUUCAUUUUAGAUGAAUUUGAUCUUUUUGCCCAUCAUAAAAACCAAACACUCCUCUAUAAUCUUUUUGAUAUUUCUCAGUCUGCACAGACUCCAGUAGCAGUUAUUGGUCUUACAUGUAGAUUGGAUAUUUUGGAACUCUUAGAAAAAAGAGUGAAGUCACGAUUUUCCCACCGGCAGAUACACUUAAUGAAUUCAUUUGGUUUUCCGCAGUAUCUUAAAAUAUUUAAAGAACAAUUAUCUCUGCCUGCAGAAUUUCCAGACAAGCUUUUUGCUGAGAAGUGGAAUGAGAAUAUUCAGUGUCUCUCAGAAGAUAGAAGUAUACGAGAUAUACUACAGAAGCAUUUCAAUGUCAGCAAAAACCUACGGUCAUUACACAUGCUGUUGAUGCUUGCUUUAAAUCGUGUAACAGCAUCACAUCCAUUUAUGACUACAGCAGAUCUGAUGGAGGCAAGUCAGCUGUGCAGCAUGGACUCGAAAGCAAAUGUUGUACAUGGUUUGUCAGUCUUGGAAAUUUGUCUUAUAAUAGCGAUGAAACAUUUAAACGAUAUCCAUGAAGAGGAGCCCUUUAAUUUUCAAAUGGUCUAUAAUGAGUUUCAGAAGUUUGUUCAAAGGAAGGCUCAUUCCAUUUAUAAUUUUGAGAAACCUGUUGUCAUGAAGGCUUUUGAACACUUACAACAGCUAGAAUUAAUAAAGCCCAUGGAAAGAACUCCAAUAAAUGCACAGAAAGAGUACCAGCUGAUGAAACUACUUUUGGAUAAUACUCAAAUUAUGAAUGCUCUACAGAAAUACCCCAACUGUCCUACAGAUGUUAGGCAGUGGGCAACCUCCUCACUAAGCUGGUUAUGAAUACUAGCCAGUGACUUCAAUGUUGGAAUUCCAGGCAUACUUCUCUGAAGAACUAAGAGUUGUUACUGUCUUUUGAAAAGAUAUGUUAAUACAUUAUAUUUAUAAACAUGUAUUUUUUUACUUAUGGAAGACUUGUACAUGUAGCAUCUUGGCUGUAUCUUGCUUUUGAAUAUAAGCACUGUUAUGAUUUAUAAUUUAGAUUAUGUCAUAAGUAGCAGUUCAAAAGAAUAAACAUUAGGGAUUGGACCAUAUAUUUAUUUAACAACUCUGAAGUAUUUAUGUGGUACAUUUGAAGAGUUUGUUUCAACCUAGCAGCCAAAGCAAUAAAUAAACAAUGCGCAGUGAUUAAUCUUUUGGCCCAGUAGGAGAUGCUGCAUUUUUUUUCUGUACACAUGGAAAUUUUAGGUCUUCUGGUUAAGGCGGCUGACCAAUUUGCACCAGAGGAUGGUUCACUUAUAUAAGAGAAUGACCAAGUAGUUUGAACAGCAUCUUCUAGACGUCUCAGAAUGUAGUCCUCAUACCAUCUGCAUCAGAAUCCCUUGUACGAUUUUUUUAAAUGCAGAUUCUUGGACCUACCCCUUAGGCCAAAAGAAUCAGAAUGUGUUUUUUUUAACAAGCAUGUUAGGAAAUUCCUGGAAAACCACUACCACAAAUAAUGGGAAGUGUUGAUAUUGUUAGCUGUAUCUAUUUGUAUAAAAAAUAAACCCCUAAGGAAUGUGGAAAUGUCAGUGGAACAUUGCCUUAUCAAUUCAGAGAUCCAUGAACUAAAACUGGCAUGUUUAAAAUAAAAUUUAAUUUAAAAAAACCCAUCGCCAUUGAGUCAAUUCUGACUCACGUCAACCUUAUGUGUUACAGAGU